GUCUUUCUCUACCAUUGGUAUCAUAAUCCCGACAUCCACCACUUGCUGGCCAUCGGUCUAUUCCCUCUGAGAAGCAAAAGGAACCGAUUGUGAAUGAAACAAAAAAAGGCCCGAACCGCGACUCGAACGCGGGAUCUCUCGCAUUCAAGAAUUGGGGCUCCCAAAGCGAGAAUCUUAACCUCUGGACCAUCCGGGCAGGGGGAGUAAAAGUGGCAUUGCUCACCAUGAACCUCCGUCAAAUCACCGCCCACAAUUUCUCCACCUUCCGCCAUCACUAUGUCUCCGAGAUCUCCGGCUCCCUGGGCGACCUGGGCACCUUUCUCCCCAUCGCGAUCGCCCUAGCGGUGAACAACACCGUCUCCCUCUCAAGCACCCUCAUCUUCUCCGGCCUCUUCAAUAUUCUCACCGGUCUCUUCUUCGGCAUUCCACUCCCCGUCCAGCCCAUGAAAGCCAUUGCCGCCGUCGCCAUCGCCCGCAACUUCUCCAACGGCACCAUCGCCGCCGCAGGCCUCUUCGUCGCGGGCUUCAUCCUCCUCUUCAGCGUCACCGGCCUCCUAACCCGCUUCGCCAACGCCAUCCCCAUCCCCAUCAUCAAAGGCAUCCAAGUCGGCGCCGGCCUAUCCCUCAUCAUCGCCUCCGCCAACUCCCUCCUCUCCUCCCUAACCUGGUUCUCCCCCUCAUGGGCCGAUAACCGUCUCUGGGCCCUCGCCGCCUUCCUCUUCCUCAUCACCACCAACGUCUACCGCACCGCUCCCUACGCCCUCAUCAUCUUCCUCCUCGGCCUCCUCUUCGCCAUCAUCCUCUCCACCCUCGCCUCAGACCUCCCCUCCCUCACCAUCUGGCACCCCUACACCGUCCUCCCCACCCCGCACGAAUGGUCCCUCGGCAUCCUCGACGCCGCCAUUGGCCAAAUCCCCCUCACCACCCUCAACUCCGUCGUCGCCGUCGUCCACCUCGCUCACGACCUCCUCCCCAACACCCCCACCCCAUCCACCACCUCCAUCGGCCUCAGCGUCGCAGCCAUGAACCUCCUCGGCUGCUGGUUCGGCGCCAUGCCCGUCUGCCACGGCUCCGGCGGCCUCGCAGCCCAAUACCGCUUCGGCGCCCGCUCCGGCGCUAGCAUCAUCUUCCUCGGCCUCUUCAAACUCCUCAUCGGCCUCUUCCUCGGAGAAUCCCUCGUCGGCCUCCUCAAACGCUUCCCCACCGCCCUCCUAGGCGUGAUGGUCAUCGCCGCAGGCCUAGAACUAGUCAGUGUAGGCGAGAGCCUAAACACCACCGGUGCAAGAGAUAUUCGUAAGGCCGCCGGAAACGGACUCAUCGGUGACGAGGCGCCCGAGAUCGGUCCCAUGUUGAGCGACUACGAGCGGAAGAAACGGUGGACGGUGAUGAUGGUUACGGUGGGGUUGUUGGUUGGGUUCAAGAAUGAUGCUGUUGGGUUUGUGGCGGGGUUGUUGUGUCAUUGGGCGUUUGAGAUCCCGGCUGUUGUGGAGAGGGUUAAGGUGCGGUGGGAGGGGAGGAGGGGGAGUCGGAGGGGGAGGGUUAUGUUGGAGUAGUUGGUUAGUUGGUUAAUUGUUUGUGGAUUCUGGAAGUAGGUGGUAAUGGAGUUGUAAGUGAGUGAAAUAUACCGAUGUAAAUAGUAUAUGAGUGUUGAUUUUUAGUUCUUUCAGAAAGACGAAUUACGACUGAUGAACAGGAAGCAUGAGA